AUGAUCCGCGCCUUUUUGCCCGCUCUUCGCCGCUACAGCACGUCGCCGAUCCAGCGCCCGUCGGCCGCGUACUUCCAGCAGAUGGGCCACCAGCCAGACCCAAACCAGAAGGGCGGAGAGUCCAAAGACGAGAGCGAGCUCAAAAAGACGCUGACGAGACGGUCGUUGCGGAUGAGCGUCUGGCAGAUGUUUCUCAUCACCUUGGCCGGGUCGUCUGUGCUGAACAUAAUGAGAGAAAAAAACCACAUUGAAGAGAUGAACGACAACUACCAGCAGCGGUUCAAGAAGUUCGAGCACAUCAUUGAGGAGCUCAAGAAAGGAAACAUGCGGGUGGAGGACGUGGAGAGCGAGCUGGCCGUUCUAAACGAGCGGUUUGAGUACUUUGGGCUUCCGAAGAGCGAGUUCACGGGAAUUCGCGGAACCAAGAAGCCUGUUCAGCAGAGAAAGGAGGACGUGGAUGUGAAGAGCUUUUUGUGA